AUGUCAAUCAAUUGGGUUAUGCUAAAGGACCAACAUGGUUUCGUCCAUCUCCCAAAUGAGCAGCUACUUUUCAAGUCGCCUGCACGGACUGGCUUCUCGUUACAACCACUCGGUUCAUAUAAGGGCAGUGACUCGAUAUCUUUUCAAAGCAGUGGAGGCCAUAUCUAUCUUACCAAUCAGCGAGUUGUCUAUCUUCCUAGCCAGAGCACUGAAGAGUUUCAAUCCUUUUCUGUUCCGCUUCUGAAUGUUCGUGAUUCUCAUGUCUCUGCUCCCUUCUUUGGGCCAAAUGUCUGGCAGGCUCUUAUCCAGCCGGUUUCUGGGGGUGGGAUCCCGCCGUCGCUGCCUGCCGUACAGGUAAAAGCUACUUUCAAAGAAGGCGGAGCGUUUGACUUUCAGAACCAGCUCGAACGAAUUAAAGAGCGCUUACAGCAGGCUAUGGAGUUUUCUUCGGAAAGUACUCGAGGGGUUCAAGAAGUUAAUCUGUCUGGUGUCCAUCUGGACGAGUUACCAGCCUACGACGGUCCGCAAGAUGGGCGCAGCGCCGGUCAUAGCCACGAGGGAUCAAUAUCUACAUCGCAUAACAGCCACGCUCCUCCAUACUCUGGUCCUGAACCCGCGGAGCCGCCGCCGGGAUAUGAGGAAGUGCAGCAACAAAGCGUUGCGAAUGAGCUGGAGGAGAGACUGCGUCGCGCUGGCUAG